UAAUUCUUGAGAUAUUGCAUUUGUAACUCAACGUUUCGCCAUUUUUAAGAAAUCAUAAUAGAUGACUUGAUAACUUGAAACUUAUAAACUCUCUCUUCUCUUCGCUUCUACUGAAAAAUAUAUUUUGAACUUGUUUGUUUACAUAGAAAAUAAGCAAACAAAUUUUGUUUUCAAAAAGAUUUAUUUGGUGAUAAGUAAAACAGUCAGACUUACCUUAAUUUUGAAACGUAUUAACCUUUAUUUUUUCCUUAAUGAUUUCGCAUUAUCAGUUCUUCUUUACUUCUCGUCGGACAGUUUUAAGAUUUUACUGCAACACAUAAAUUAAUCUUUUACGAGUUCCCCAUAUAAGAAUAUUCACACUUCGAAUAGUUUAAAGGAAUACCACUUUCUUCGAAGAAAGCAGUUUGUUUUCCCCAUCUUAUCUGGUUUAUUUAAUCAGAUCUCAGCCAAUGUAAUUCUCUUUUAAAUUUAUAAAAAAAUAUAUAUAAAACAAUAUUUUUUUGUUUAUCUCAUAGUUGAUUUUACAAAUUAACCAUAAUGUUUAGCGUAAAAGUGCCUAAAAGCACGCAAGCUUUACACAGGGCCUUCAAAUGUAUAAGAACACUGAAAGCUUUUCGCUUAUUCACCAUACCUCGAUCGUUGAAUAUUUAAAGCGUAUAAUUAGUUAGCCAAGUAUUUAUUUAAAAUCGCCCUUCCUGAAUUGCUUAGAAUAUUUAAGCAGCGCUGCUAUGUAAAUAAUUCAAGCUGAAACAACACAUUUUAGGCUAAAAGUAAGUAUCUUAAGAUAAUUACCAGCAGUUGCUUGAAAGCAUUGCCUGUAUAAUGUUCCUCAAAUUAUCGGGUCUUCGCAUAAAAAUCCGUAGAAAACACACAUUUCUUCAAGUUUUCUUGAUCUGCGUUAUUUUGAUUAGUAUUUAUCAGCUUUAUACCCAUCGAAAUGGAGAUCAAGAAUCGCAGUCGAAGGCGGAUAAUGGAGGGCGAGCGGAGUGGCAAAAUUGGCAUGACUAUGUCGCCAUAGCACGCGAUGCCGAGCGGGAUCGAAAUGGAGAUCAAGAAUCGCAGUCGAAGGCGGAUAAUGGAGGGCGAGCGGAGUGGCGAGAUUGGCAUGACUAUUUCGCUAUAGCACGCGAUGCCGAGCGGGAGGGUAUAGGAGAGCAAGGUCGGCCGGCAGCUUUACCAAGUGGCUAUGACAAGGAAGCAGUCGCUGCAAGUUGGCAAGUUUACGGCUUCAACGCUUUGCUAUCUGAACAAAUUUCAGUUGAGCGAGCGGUGCCCGACUUCCGUCACUCGGGCUGUCUCGGCAUGACCUACCACAAAGUGCUACCCAAAACGAGUAUAAUUAUAGUGCAUCGCAACGAACACCCAUCGGUGCUGCAGCGCACGCUGCACAGCCUUUGGAACCGGACACCGCACGAGCUAUUGCACGAGCUCAUUUUAGUUGACGAUUUCAGUACAUCUCCACCCUUUGAGGUCUCGUUAGAGCAGAUAUUGUUGACAAAAUUUGGUACGAAACUGAAAAUACUGAAACUAACGGAACAUCAGGGAUUAAUAAGAGCGCGUGUUGCUGGUGCGCGUUUGGCGACCGGGGAAGUAUUGGUUUUCCUUGACACACAUGUAGAGGCCACGCACAAUUGGUUGCCGCCCUUGUUGCAGCCGAUUGUGGACAAUCCACAAGCCAGUACCACGCCAAAUAUAGACAUAAUUGAUUACGACACUUUCGAAUACAUAGAAGGCACACCUGCUCGUGGGGGAUUCGAUUGGAAUUUCGUUUACGUAGAAUUACCACUACUACCUGAAGAGCAGGCGGCACUUCCAGCACCACACAAUAAUCCAGUUAUGAAUGGUGGACUCUUUGCCAUAGGUGCGAAGUUCUUUUGGCAUUUAGGUGCUUACGACGAGGCUUUGGAAGUAUGGGGGGGAGAGCAAUUCGAACUCAGUUUUAAGAUUUGGAUGUGCGGCGGUCGUUUAUUAGAAGUUCCCUGUUCGCGAUUUGGCCAUCUUUACCGUGACGGAAAGUUUGACGUCAAAUACACUAAUGGCACGGAUGAUUAUCAGGGGAAGAAUUUCAAGCGCGUCGCAUUAGUUUGGUUGGAUGAAUACCAAGACGUACUUUAUAAGUACAAUCCCGAGCUCGUCCAAAUUGAUGUGGGUGAUGUAAGCAAAAGACGCGCUUUACGUAAACGGCUGCAAUGCAAGCCCUUUAAGUGGUAUCUCGACACCAUAGCUCCAGAUUUGGUAAAGAAGUAUCCACCAUUCGCACCGCCUGAUUAUGCAUCUGGUGCCAUACAAAGCGUUGCCGCGCCCCAACUUUGCUUGGAUCUAAUGGAGCUUCCAGUGGAGAAUCCGAUAGGUGUACUACGACCCUGCUCACCGAAGCUCAAUCACCCAACUGACUCACAAAACUGGCAACUCACUUUUCAUCGUCAUCUGCAACAGGCAAACGAUAAUUGUCUGGAAGUACAAUCUAAUAAACUGAAUGCUUUCAUUUGGCUGUGGCCAUGUCAUUACCAAGGGGAUAAUCAGUUUUGGUAUUAUGACCACCAAUCAAAGCUACUGAUGCAAGGCGAGCCCUGGACGGAGCGCAGAUGUUUGGAGGCGAAUGUUAACACUCGACGGUUAUACAUGAAUAUCUGUGAUUCCAGUAAUGUAAAUAUGAAAUGGAACUUUGGUUUAGUGAAUCAGCCAUUGCUGGAUAAAUUUUUUGAGGGAUUACAGGCGAAUGAUGAAAUGAAAUAUUAAACUCCUCAAUGAAUCAAUAAAUAGAUAUGAUAGUAGUAAGCAAACCCAUAACUGUUACUGAUCAUUUUUGACAUUAUGCAUUUAAACACUAAACUUUUGACAAAUUGUUGUUUUUGGACUGCGGACACAAGAGAGUUAUAAUUCUUAUUGAAAUUACAAUAACUCCGAAAUUAGUGGUCGUGCCGUGACAGCACUACCAAUACAAUUGGAGUCUGAUGCAAUGCCAUCAGGUUUCAAUCGGUCGAUAAGAAUGUUAACUGCUAGUAUGUCUAUCAUAAA